AUGGGUUUUGGUCCAUCCACUACUCUAGAGGAGUGCGAGUGGAGAGCUGAAAUUAACAGCCUGCACUGUGUGCAUUCCGCUGCUUCUCCUGGACUGGGCGGGCAUGAGGAGUUCCGGGCGAGGAUAGGGAGGGGCAGACCGGGCUCGUACUGGGAGGAACAGGAAGCGGAGAAGGCGAGACGUCGAAUUUCUCAAGCGAGAGCGGGGAGUUCACCUCAGUCCAUCCUCCGCGGAAGGACGGGACCGACUGCCCCCAUCGGCCCGGGCAAUUGGCUGUGGCAGCGGAUCUACGCCCUAAUGACUCGUCUCUUCCGGAAGGCCUGGAAGGAGGUCCGAUUCAAAGGUUAG